AUGUUUUUGUUUCGCUCCAAAAAGUCUUCACCUUUAUAGCUUCCCCUGAUUCCAAAUUCUACCAAGCUCGUGUCAUAUAUUAUUUAGACGGCUUCCUGGGCCAAUCCCCAUUUCUCCAUCUUUCUCUGCGUCAGUUUCCAGAGAAAAUUGCAGAGAUUUUUACCAGCAACUGAUGGAGAAUACUGGAGGUGGUUCUUUUCUAAGAAAUAGAAGAUUAGAGAGCUUCCUCCAUACAAAUUCUGUCCCAAAUGUGAGGGAAACCCGGAAAAAUUCAGGGAAGGAAGUAGCAGUGCAGAGGCCUCUGAAAGAUGUUUAUGUUGAUGAUGAUGGAUGGAUAUCGGCACUGAUAUCUUGUGUGAGGAUCGUCACCUGUUUUGUUGUAAUGAUGGUUACGACAUUCAUCUGGGCGUUGAUUAUGCUUGUGCUCCUGCCCUGGCCUUACCAGAGAGUCCGGCAAGGAAAUAUCUAUGGCCAUGUGACUGGUAGAUUGAUGAUGUGGAUCUUAGGAAAUCCAGUGAAGAUUGAAGGAACUGAGUUCUCUAAUAAGAGGGCUAUAUAUAUCAGUAAUCAUGCAUCUCCCAUAGACAUUUUCCUCAUAAUGUGGUUGACUCCAACAGGCACUGUUGGCAUUGCAAAGAAAGAGAUCAUAUGGUAUCCCCUCUUUGGUCAACUAUAUGUUUUGGCUAAUCAUCUUCGCAUAGAUCGUUCCAACCCAGCUGCAGCUAUUCAGUCCAUGAAAGAGGCUGUAAAUGCUGUUAUCAAAAACAAACUGUCAUUGAUCAUUUUUCCAGAGGGUACCAGGUCCAAGAAUGGGCGACUUCUUCCCUUUAAAAAGGGUUUUGUUCAUUUGGCCUUGCAGUCACGUCUUCCUAUAGUUCCAAUGGUCUUAACAGGCACCCAUUUAGCCUGGAGGAAAGGUAGCUUACAUGUUCGACCAGCACCAAUAACUGUAAGGUAUCUCCCUCCCAUAAGCACUGAUGACUGGACAGCAGACAAGAUUGAUGACCACAUAAAAAUGGUACAUGACAUAUAUGUCGAAAACCUUCCAGAGUCUCAAAAGCCCAUCAUCUCAGAAGCUCCCAGAAAUAGUUCAAGAUCAUAGUUGAGAUGACUCUUUGUAAUUUUCAGUCUCAUAAAAUUCCCAUGUAAAAUCAACACUAAGCACUAGCAAAUCCUUUGCUUAGGUUAGAAUAAAUAUUAAUUCAUACAUAAUAUUUGCUAAUUCUCCUGGAAUUUGCCUGAUCAAGCUCAUUUUAGCAUAGGUCUGAGUGUCAUGUAUAAUUGACAUCAUAAGUUUACAACUGCUCAAUAUGUUGGAAU